AUGGCAAACAUCUCACUGACAGUCACUGAAGUGGAUGUUUUACUGUCAGAUCCACCAGAGCCAAAGACCAGAGCUGGAUUCUUAAAAUAUUCAUGUGAAAUCACACUGGAUCCAAACACAGCAAACACAUAUCUGUUAUUAUCAGAGGGGAACAGAAAAGCAACAGCGAUGGAAAACCAACAGUCUUAUUCUGAUCAUCCAGACAGAUUCACCUACUGGUGGCAGGUCCUGUGUAAAGAGAGUCUGACUGGUCGUUGUUACUGGGAGGUGGAGUGGAGCGGGGAAGAAGUUUAUGUAGCAGUCGCAUACAAGAAUAUCAGCAGAGCAGGGAGUGAAUCUAAAUUUGGACGUAAUGACAAAUCUUGGUCAUUAGAGUGUAACAACAACAGUUAUACAUUUUGGUACAACAACAUCCAAACUCGUGUCUCAGGUCCUCAUUCCUCCAGAGUAGGAGUGUACCUGGAUCACAGAGCAGGUAUUUUGUCCUUCUACAGCGUCUCUGAAACCAUGACUCUCCUCCACAGAGUCCAGACCACAUUCACUCAGCCGCUCUAUGCUGGACUUUGGCUUUGGCGAAUUGAAGACACUGCUGAGUUGAUUAAAGUGAAAUAGACUGAAGUCUUUCAUAUUGUGGGUUUAAAUCUGUAUUUUAGUUUCAUUUUAUUUUCUCUCCAUCAUUUCUGCACAGAGAUCAGCUGUCAGUCAAACAUUAUGGGUGGUACCUCCACAUCUUCUAGUUGUUCUCUUGAUGUUUCUGAGUUUUUAAAGGAGAUCUUUCCUGUGACUGUUUAUGGAGGCUAUCACUGCUCAUCAUCAUUUUGAUUUACUAAAAUAUUUCUCCAC